GAGCCACAUUGACCUCUGUCGGACGAAACAAGAACAUCUCGACGAUAAAACGGCCUCGUAUGCUAUUUUCAUUUCCAGAUACUUUCACUUCCUUUCUUGAUUACAUGAUUCUUCCAUCAUCACGGAAAGUUGAGGUGAUAAACUGCACAUCUGGCUCAUUCUGACUAACCUAACUCUGCUGCUCAAGUUGUCGUUGCAAUAGCCCCGCUUUUUUUUUUUUUUUUUUUUUGCAUGAACGUGACUGCGUGUGUCAGGAAAAAGGAAGUGUUGCGACGACGGCGCUUGAAGAACACCCACUGCGGAACAGAGGCGGAACGACAGAAUGUGACAAUGAAGUCACAGACGAGAGACGACCGUCCACGCCGAGGAGCCGUCUGAAGGAUAUCAGCGAACCACAACAUGGAGUUGUGGCGGCAGUGUGCAAAAUGGCUGAUCGAGUGCCGCGUCUUGCCGGAGACGCACCGCGUCACCUGGGAGAGCGCGCAGGUGUGCGACCUAGCUCAGGCGCUCAGAGACGGCGUGCUCCUGUGCCAGCUUCUCAAUAACCUGCUGCCUCUGGCCAUCAACCUGAGAGAGAUCAACCUGCGCCCGCAGAUGUCCCAGUUCCUGUGCCUGAAGAACAUCCGGACCUUCCUGGGCGUGUGUCAAAGCAAGUUCCAGCUGAAGAAGAGCGAGCUGUUUGAUGCCUUCGACCUGUUCGACGUGCGCGACUUUGCCAAGGUGCUGAGCACUUUGUCCAUCCUGUCUCACUCAUCCAUCGCGACACAAAAAGGAUUCCAACCUUUCCCUUUGGGAGUCGACAUUUCCGAUGAAGACAUCUACAACGGCCUGUCCGACCAGAUCGACGACACCAUAGAUGAAGCGGACGAUUUGUACGACUGCGUGGACGACGAGGAGGCCGAAGGGGAUGAGAUCUACGAAGACUUGAUGAGGACGGUCGAACAACCCGAAAUUAAGUCCGGCGUGGACAAGCGGGAGUGCUGCCUCCAAGAGAUCAAACUGACGGAAGAAAAGUACUCGGAUACUCUGGGAUCGAUUUUACUGCACUUCAAGAAACCUCUGGAAAAAUUCCUCGCGGCCCAGGACCUCGAGAGCAUCUUUGUCAACGUCCAGGAUUUGGCCGGGGUGCAUGCAGAACUUUUGGACGAGAUCCGGAGUUCGGUUGGGAACGGCGCCAAGGACCUUUACCGGGUGUUUGUCAACUACAAGGGCAGGCUCCUACUCUACGGUCGCUACUGCAGUCAAGUGGAAACGGCCACCAAGCAUCUGGACAAACUGGCGAGUGCCCGAGAGGACGUCAGGAUGAAGCUGGAGGAGUGUUCCAAGAGAGCAAACAGUGGCAGAUUCUCCCUCAGGGAUCUGCUUAUGGUGCCCAUGCAGAGAGUCCUCAAAUACCCACUCCUCUUACAGGAGCUGUCAAAAUACACCAGCGACCCGUCGGACAGGGAGAACCUGCGCACGGCUCUCGACGCCAUGCGGGACCUGGCGCAAUGUGUCAAUGAGGUGAAGCGGGACAACGAGAUCCUCAAGCAGAUCACCACCUUCCAGUUGUCCAUCGAGAACAUGUCACAAUCCUUGGCCCUCUUCGGCCGCCCCAAAAUGGACGGAGAGCUCAAAAUCUGCAGCACAGAGAAGAAAUCCAAACAGGAAAGAUACGCGUUCCUCUUCGACAAGGCCAUGUUUGUGUGCAAGAAGAAGAGCGGCGAGACCUUUGAGCUCAAGGAGAUCAUCAUGCUCCAGCACUACCAAGUGCGAGACGAGACGGCGGGGGAGAAGGACAAACGGAAGUGGUCCUACCUCUUCCUCCUGCUGGACUCGUACGGCAAGUGCGGCUACGACUUGUACUUCAAGACGCGAGAACUGAAGAAGAAAUGGCUGGAGCAGUUUGAGAUGGCUCAGUCCAACAUGUGUCCUGAGAACGCCACGGCUAACAACCACGAUUUCCAGAUGCACAACUUUGAGGAGACGGCUUGUUGCAAGGCGUGCUCCAUGAUGCUGAGAGGGAUUUUCUUCCAGGGCUACCGCUGCACGCGCUGCAAAACGGCCGCCCACAAAGAGUGCUUGGGCAGAUUGCCGGCCUGCGGGCGCAACUCAGGUCGGUCGCUUCCGCUUAAAGUGUUGCCCGGCUCUUCCACCGAUCAUGGAAGUACUGCGAGAAAAAAUCGGACACACAGGUCCUCGGGGAACGCCGGAAUCGGGUUUCCCAAGAUGGAGGCGUGUCAGGAGUACUUCGGCCUGCCGCCGCCGCCCACCAGCUUCGGCCGCCCGCUGCACCUCUCCAAGGGCGACGUGGUGGAGCUGACGCGGGCGGAUGCCGAGCUGUCGUGGUGGGAGGGCAGAAACUUGACUGGAGGUCAGACGGGCUGGUUCCCCUGCCACAGAGUCAUACCCUUCUCCUGUGUCAGUAUAAACUGCCCGAGGCCCACCCCGGAUCUGUCUGCUUUCAGCUGGUUUGCGGGCAACAUGGACCGGCCCGCCGCCAAGGACCUGCUCGUGUCUCGCUCCGACGGGACCUACCUGGUCCGGCAGAAGGACGGCGGCGAGUUUGCAAUCAGCAUCAAGUUAAACCUGGACAUCAAACAUAUUAAAAUCACCUCCUGCGAUGGCCUGUUUCGUAUCAACGAGAAGAAGGCCUUCAAGGGUUUGGUGGACAUGAUUGAGUUCUACCAGCAGAACUCGCUGAAGGAGUGCGUGAAGGACGUGGACAGCACGCUGCGCACGCCGUACAAGCAAGCCGAGCAGGGCGACGACCACAAGCCCCGCCACGCGCCCAAAGGAGGCGGCGCGCGUACCUUCGGCAUCGCGAGGGCCAGGUACAACUUUUCGGCCCGCGACCGCUCGGAGCUGUCGCUGCGUGAAGGCGACACCAUCAGGAUCCUGUCCAGGAAAGGCCAAAGCGGCUGGUGGAAAGGCGAAGUCUACGGGAAGGUGGGUCUCUUCCCUGCCAACUACGUGGACGAGGAAUACUCGGACUACAGCUGACCUGCAGGCCGGUACUUUGCUCAGACAAAUUGAUGCACGUCGUCUCAUCAUGUGAAUAAAUUUGUUUUUAUGACCAUGAAA